UAUUGUACUAUUAAACUCGCAGCACAGAUUUGUCCGUCUAUCCUCGGUUAUCCCGGGUUAUCCUUCCCCAUCCAGGCCAAAAAUUGGGAAUAUCUGAAGAUCCGUUAUUCCUCUCGGGUUGUUGAACUCCUGAGCUGUCGUUGGCGCAUAUUGGACAUGGACAUCUGUGAUAUCAACGCGGACGGGGAGCUCCAGCGGCAGAUCGAGAUGGAGGUGCGAAUGCAGGAGGGGGCCAGCCGGCUGCUGGCGGCCUGCUCCCAGCGGGACCAGGCCCUUGAGGCCUCCAAGAGCCUGCUUACCUGCAACGCACGGCUCCUGGCCCUCCUGGGUCAGCUGCAGCGCAUGAGAGAGUCCCAGGUCCUGCAGAGGAUUGGUCACAGGUCAUCGGAUGCCAAGGACACACUACCCUGUACAGGGAAAUUAGCCAUUUCAGGUCUCAGGAUCCCUCUCAUGUGGAAAGACUCAGAGUACUUCAAAAACAAAGGCGAGUUACAUCAGUGUGCAGUGUUCUGCCUGCUCCAGUGUGGUAAAGACAUUCGUGACACUAACCUGGCGGUGGUGGACCGGACGCUGACAGACAUCUGCUUUGAGGACACAGUCUUAUUUACAGAGGUGGAGCCGGGAUUCCAGCUGCGGGUGGAGCUCUACAGCAGCCCCAUGGCGGACGACGCCUCGUCAGGGGCCCGGAGGCUGAGUCUCCUGGGCAGCACCCUGGGGGGCCAGUCCGGCCGCAGGAUCCGGGCCGCCUUCGACGCCGCCACGGCCUGCGGGAGCGGCUCCGGCGUCGGGGGCGGAGAGAGAGCGGAGGACCAGCCCCCUGCUCUGGCGCCUGCCCCCGUCACACUGGGCCCAAGGUUCCAUCUGUUGGGCCACACUACACUGACAAUGGAUCACGUACAGGACAGCUUCAAGACCCAUGACCUGUCUCUGACCGCCACAGAGGACAGUCCGUUCUGGCUGCCGCUGUACGGCAGCAUGUGCUGCCGGCUGGUUGCUCAGCCCGCCUGUAUGACCAGGCCAGUUGUAAUGGGCAGACUGAGAGUCAAGUCGACAGCGGACGCUGAUGGCUGGGAGGAUAUAUACGGUGUCCUCAGAGGGCCAACUCUGCUCUGCUACCAAUGUGAAAAAGACAUGCAGUCAGACGAGCUGCCGCUAUUGGUAAUCCCUGUUAACAAGAACACCAUUGUUUCUGUGUCAGAAGAAGAAGUGCUUCCAGCACCAACUUUGCUGAUCAGCACCAAGUGUCACGGCGAGAACAUAGCUUACACAGUGGCUCCUCCCACACCUCAAGACACCCAGCGAUGGCUGGUGCUAUGCCAGCAGCAGCUCCAUGACCUGAACUGCUGGCAGCGAUGUUGCACCAACCUCAUGAAGAUUGAAGAGCCGGUGCCUCGGAAAGCCUCCGCGACCCGGCAGGGUUCCUUGUAUCAUGAAAUGGUAACACCUUCUGCUGGGGAGGGGCAUGUGGUCCAGGAUUUGUCUGCAGAGAUCACUGAACUUCUGGUGUCUUACUAUCAAGAGAGUUGACCUUGAGGAGUGAGGAUGAUGGACACAGACUAGUGGUGGAGCUCUCCUCCCCUCCACCAUGUUUAGGGAAACAAAUCACUGCGGAAAACCCUUCUUCUCACCCCAGGUUGAACUAGUUCUCUCUGUCCUUUUCAGCACGGCAUGACCUAUGAUUACAGUGUGUUGUUGUUUUGCAUGCUGAAGGUUAUCCCUCCCUAUGAUUGGAUUGGCUUUUAAUUAUACUUUUUGAUGCACACUGGAAAACCUUACAACCAUUGUCUUAUUAGUAACACAACUGGGUAUCCAUGUUAUUUUGUUCAGAGAUUACGAACACAUAGUAUGAAUGAUUUAAGAUAAUUGCGCAGCGCCAUAGCUGGGACGAGUUCCAGACAAGAGAUCAAGCAGGAGAUAUUGCUAAAAAUAAAAGGUGUGUCGCCGGGCGGGAAUUCACGUCCUCCAUUGUGUGUUGCAUUUCUCUUCAUAUAUUGUCUAGACGUUUGUGUUUCUCAGGAUUGUUGAGUGAUUUGUAUCGCUUUUGUGUUGUUUUAUAUAUGUAACAAUGAUAGCUAUGUCAUUCAGACUAUAAAAAUAAAGAUCACUAUAAAUCAUC